GGCAAAACCCAUCUUCAACUUCAAAAACAAAAACUCAUUACUCAGUCUGUUUCUCUGUGUCUCUGAGCGGGCCGCUGAGCUUGGUUACCCAGACCUCAUCCAUUUGCGUUGCUUCUUACUUACUAGGGUUGUGAUUGUGUUAAGCAUUUCUUGCUUUCUGGCUAUGGAAAUUCUUCGAACUUCUUUGCUUCCUGUUAACCCCUUACUCAUUGAAACCUCUCUCUCACAAAAACCCAACAGUUCCCACAAACCCAAGUUCAUAUUUCAAGCUUCCACAGACACAACCAACGUUUCUACUGGCACCACACUCUCAAACCAAGCAAACCCACAAACCCAUCUCUCUUUUGCCGCCAAAAAGACCACCAAGCUCAGCAAUAACCCAAGAGCUGAAACCAAUUCUGAAAUUGGUCAUUGCAUUUCUUUACUAAAGAGUAACCCUGUGUGUGAUUGUAGACAGAUUCAUGCUCAAGCUCUGAAGUUGAACGCUUUUGAAGAGAAUGGUUGGAUUGGAAACAAGCUUACUAUGCUAUACUCGAAGAAUAAGGAGUUCUUAGACUAUGCCCGUAAGUUGUUCAACGAUAUUCCCAAGCGAAAGAUUCCCGUUUACGCUUCGUUGAUAAGUGCUUAUUGUCGGUCAGAGCAGUGGGAAGACCUGUUUUUGGUGUUUAGGUUGAUGGUUGAUGAAGGCAUGUUACCUGAUAAAUAUGUUGUACCUACAGUUCUGAAAGCGUGUGCUCUGGUGCAGAAGUUAAGGACUGGUAAAAUGAUUCAUGGGUUUGUGAUAAGGAUGGGGAUGAACUCUGAUGUUUUUGUUGGGAAUGCGCUUAUUGAUUUUUAUGCCAACUGUGGGGACUUUGGAUUUGCAUUAAGUGUGUUUGAUGCCAUGAGGGAAAGAGAUGUGGUUUCAUGGACUGCCCUUGUUUCUGCUUUCAUGAAUGAAGGCCUUUUUGAAGAGGCAAUUAAGGUUUUCAAGUCCAUGCAGCUGAAUGGGGUCAAGUCUGAUUUGAUCUCUUGGAAUGCACUUGUAUCGGGGUUUGCACGCAAUGGAGAGAUUGAUUUAGCUCUUCAAUAUUUGGAAGCAAUGCAAGAAGAAGGGUUGAGGCCGAAGGCUAAUACUUGGAAUGGAAUCAUUUCGGGUUGUAUUCAGAAUGAGUAUUUCGAGGAUGCUUUGGAUGCAUUCUAUAAUAUGUUAUUUUUCCCCGAGGAUCCAAAUUUUGUUACAAUUGCAAGCAUUUUACCAGCUUGUGCAGGCCUAAAGGAUUUAAACUUAGGCAGGGCUGUUCAUGGGUUUGCUCUGAAGCGUCAGCUUUGUGGAAACAUGCACGUGGAAGGUUCGUUAAUUGAUAUGUAUUCAAAAUGUGGGAUGAAAGAUUACGCAGAGAGUAUCUUUUCCAAGGCAGAGAACAAAAGUAUUGCUAUGUGGAAUGAGAUGAUUGCAGUUUACAUAAAUGCAGGAGAUGCAAAGAAGGGAUUAGAGCUUCUUAGAGUGAUGCAUCAUGGCGGCUUAAAACCUGACGUGGUAUCUUAUAACACAAUAUUGGCUGGCCAUGCAAGAAAUGGGCAAAUAAAUGAGGCAUAUGAGUUGCUUUAUGAGAUGGUCCGGAUGGAGUUGAAGCCAAAUAUUAUUUCUUUCAACGUUUUGAUUUCUGGUUUUCAACAAUUUGGGCUUAGUUUUGAAGCUUUGAAAUUGUUCCAGACCAUGCAAUCCCCAUUGAAUGGUUGCGUUGGUAAUGAUGUGCUCCAUGAGUUAACCCAACCAAACUCCAUUACUAUUGCCGGUGCUCUUGCAGCUUGUGCUGAUCUGAAUCUACUAUGCCAAGGGAAGCAAAUCCAUGGAUACGCGUUAAAGAAUGGCUUUGAGCCUAAUAUCUAUAUCUCAAGCGCAUUGGUUGACAUGUAUUCAAAAUGUCUUGAUAUUGUUUCAGCAACUAAAGUAUUCAGGAGAACUGAAGAUAGAAACACAAUCUGUUGGAAUACUUUGAUUGCAGGCCAUGUCCACAACAUGCAGCUGGACCGAGCUCUUGAACUUUUCUGUGAAAUGUUAGAAGAAGGUCUUGGACCAAGCUCUAUUACGCUUAUGAUACUUCUCCUCACUUGUGGUGAUAUGGAAGCUCUGAGAUUUGGAAGAGAAUUACAUGGCCAUAUCAUAAAGAGUAAGCUCGAUCAAUCUAAUUAUGCCCUUGCAAGUUCCUUGAUAGGCAUGUAUGCUAAGUGUGGGAGAAUCAAGGAUGCCAAAUCGCUGUUUGACUUUGAAGUUAAAAAAGAUGCUUCUGUAUGGAAUUCCAUGCUAUCUGCUAAUUCGACUAAUGGAAUGGCCAAGAGGGCCAUUGCCCUGUUUGGAGAGAUGGAGUUAGCAGCGCCUGUGCCUGAGAUAUAACUUGAGCUUGUGAUCAUGAUAGCUUAGUGGAAGAAGGAUAAAAAUGUCUCAAAUCAUUAAAUAACAAGUUUUGUGCUCUUUAUGGCGCUAUAUGAGCUUCUCUUUUAGGCAUGUGGAUUGUUGGUUAUUUGGGUAGUGCCAGUUUACUUGACGAGGCUCUUGACUUCAUCAGACAAAUGCCCGUGUACCUGAUGCUUUUAUACAAGCUACUCUUCUACUAGCUUGUGGAGUCGGGAGUCAAUUGAAAUCCAAAUAUUGUAGAAUGAGCUGCAUCAUAUUUUGUUUCAAACUCAAACCAAAUAAUGUUCUCAGUGAUGUGUUUCUCUCCACUAUUGGUCUCUUUUGGGAUGUGGGAAUCCAUGCAGUAACUUAAGGACUUUCAUGGAGGAUUGCAAUUUGAUGACUCUAAAACAGUGAAGCUUUAUAGACGUGGAUACUAAUUGCAUACAUUUGAGGGGACAUAUCACAUUCCAAGUUGGAGGAAACCGUAGAAACAUGGGAGAGAUCGACUGGAAAAUUGGAGGGUGGUGGGUGACUUCCCCAUAGUCAUGUUUUGGAGAACAAAAUGAGAUGAUGAGAAUGUUCCCUUUGUCUUGUGUGCACACUGAAAGUUUGUUGACAACAUCUCAUUCAGAUGCUAAUUUACAUAUCUAAGAAUUUGAUGUCCCAACUGCCAUAGAUCAGCCAAAGUUGUAUAAGAUUGAUGAGUGGGUGAUCUUUAUGCUUCUGUCACCAUAUGAAGAAUGAGAUGUGUAGAUGCCAAGUUUACCCAAAUCGUAACUUUUGGAAGUCACUUCCCGACAGUGAUGACAUCAGAGCUGGAGUUAAAAGAGCCUAUGAAGAAUUUCUUGUCUAAGUCUCUAAAUGCCAAACUAGCAAAAACAUUUGGGUAGCCACAAUCUCGUUUCCUUCCAAUUUGAACUUGCUGUUUGAUCAAGGGAGAAUUCUUCUGCAGCAUGUGCCACAAGCAACCAGAAAAGGAAAGUUUUGAAAGUUGGUUCUGCAUUGGUCCUGUUGUUCACCCGGUUUUGGUUAUUUUUAUUCCUACAAAGUUGCCGAAAAUGUGACCUACCAAGUAUGUAACAGGUUGUAGGGUCAGCGCAUAUAUCCACUAGGAGGCACUCAUCAUGACUUUCUCCCAGUCUUAGGAAGGUGUUGAUGUCCCUGAAGAAGCAAGACCACAGAAGAGGUAGUGUAGGCUUUGCUGCUGGGGACAAUCUCACAUUACUCCUAUGGACAAGAACUAUUUGCAGGCCGAAGCAAAAUAUUUAUUUAUGCUCUCGCAUUUAUCAGUAGCUCUACUGUUUACGGCCGAAUUCUAAUGAUGGCGUGCCAUCAGGAUCACCAGGACUCCUUCGCUUCGACUCAAAAUGCCUUCCAACCUGCCUCUCAAUGCUAGUCUUAAGCACUUCUUUAGCACUCUCCAUCGCUGUCCAGCUGCUACCCUUGUUUGAGUACGAGCCACGAACACGAGCUUCGUUAUUCUGAAGGGAGAGUAAAACCAGAAAAACACAUAACCAGAGUUUCAUGCUACCCAUUAUCAAUUUGAAGCCUUAAUGUAGGAUGUUUGGACAUAUAUAUAUAGACUAUCAUUCCUGUUA